CGUCGCUUCACUCACCUGCAGUUGAUAACCAACCUCUUUGCCGCGAGCACGCUCCACGCUCCACGCUACCGGUUUUGAUCGCACCUCUAUAGUGACGUACGAUUUUAAAUUCGAAAUUUCGAAUGCAACGAAGUUCGUUGAUUAUAUUUUCGAAAUUUAAAAUUAACAACAAUGGACUCGGAACUGUGUGACUGUUUAUUUUUGUAAUUUUUUUUAAAGUUUGUGUUUGUUUUUUUUUUUAAAUAUUAUUUUUGUUUUGGUUAUUGUACUUUUUGGAAGUGUUGUAAGGGAGUGAAUGUGAUAUUUUGGAAACGCCCGAAGGACGGGUUGGCUCUUCGGACACGCUUCCGUGUCAGAUCAACACUGCGGACGCCAUUGAAAUUCAAAAAUGACUGUCAAGAAAACAGCCCGGACGGGCGGCUUCGCAGCCAUGGUUGCACGACAGAAGAUGCACAGCGUCAACCAACAGAUCGAUAUAAUGGCUAUCAGCAAACCAACCUCCCUACAAGCCUAUAAUAUAGUUGUCGGCUUCAAUGAGAAGGACCAACUACAACUAUUAACUAAGGAAGAUAUUACAGAUGAAGAUAAAAAACUAAUCAAGGAUUACACAGAACUAAAACCAACGAAAUGUGAAAAUAUUUCAAUAGACGAUGUCACAAACUGUGUGAACAUCGAGAACUAUCCCAAUUGCGAUAACACUCUAGUCUUUUACGUAACCAAAAAUAUCCACAAGGAAGCCAUCGCGCUCAAGUUCGAAAACGAACAAGACUUCAAGAGAAUAUACUUCACUUACAAAUACUUCAAAAUGCGGAACCGACUGACGAAAAACACGAACAACUAUUCUAGCAGUGAAAACUUGUUUUCUAAAAAGAAAACUUAUGACAUUUUCAAAAGCAGAAAGAAUAGUAUGGACGACUACAGUUUGUUCGAGAAGGGACGCAGCAAUGAAUACGAUUUAAUACAAACUACGGAUAACGAUGGUGUGACACACUUAUCAGUGCAGCACAAGAAUAAUUUAAACAAUCGAUAUGAGCAGCCAAUGAGUCUAAUUGGAAUAAGAAAUGAUUUGAAUGAUGCCGGCGAGAUAGACAGUAUAAUUUAUACAGACAUAGAAAUACCAUCGAAACCUGAAAGAAACAGAUUGUUUAAUAAGAAACCCAAGGCACCUCCGCCGCCAAUACUAAAAGAUAAUCAAACUAAGGUGUUGAAAGGAGAAUUUGUGAGAGUGAACAUUGAUCGAGCGCCGGACAUCAUACCGAAAGAUAACAAAUUGAACAAGGUACCGGACAUUCUCAUGUUCAGAGAUAAUAAAUCAAACAAGAAGAACGCGACGAGCAAUAUCUGGCCAGCAAGUAAUAAAGUGACCGGCUACGAGUCUGACCGCGAAGAAUGGAAGAGCAGCCGUUCCCAGUUCUCAACAACAGCGUUCGACAGCCUCGCCAGACCGACCAAGAUGGCGAUGGCACUCACGUUAAGAAAACCCCAAAGAUUGGAGCCAGUUCCACAGUAUUACAGAAUGCCGAGCGAACAGAAGCCAAAACUAACACCAAUGCCAUUUAGACCGAACAACUUCCUCCAACGACCGCCUCGACUGCCGCGACCCAACCCUGACAUGAAGAGGAACCUCCUCAGCACAGACCACAGAAAAUUCACGUCACUCCAGAGUUUGGAGAUACCUAAGAAAUUAAGUGAACCGAAAAAACAACCGAUGGAUGUAAAGAAGAACAAUUAUUCAAACAUUUCCCACAGAAUCACCGGCUUGACGAAUAAAUUACGAGAUUUGGGCAACCCUAGUAACACUCUUGGUAGAUUUAAGGCUCAGUCUCACGGUGACGUGGCUAAUUUGAAGCCUGUACUGAAGAUGAAUGGACAAGAUGGAGCAAAGAGGUCAGUAGUCAGGACCUGCAGUGCCGAACCACCAAAGAAAGUAACGUUCAGCGCAUUUGCUACGGUCCAAGUUGUGUAAGAUGUAUAGCUGAUUUUGAUAUUAGUGGUACUGGUCUGAUUUCACUAAAAAUUUUUGGUCAGAACGAAACAAAUGAAAAGCAAUGAACGAUAGGUGUAUGUAUAUGGAUUAUAAAGUACGUAAGACCAAGUAAAAACUUUAUACACAAAGAUAUAAUGAUAAAAGAAUGUAUAGUUAUAAUGAAGUAUUUAUAAUAAAAGCAGUUGGAAAUUCUUAGUGAGAUCAGACUCAGUAAAUUGAUUGUAACAUAUUAAUACAAGGACUGACUGAUUAUAAGAAUAUUAUCGAUCGUAUCAAUAGCUUGUAGAUUAUUGUCGGUCAUCGUAAGUAUAUAGCGAGCUGGUCAGGCCGGGAACUCUGUGUAAAUAUAGUUUAAACAAUGGCGUUUACAAUAACGUGGAAUUUUAAUAUUAAGCUUCUAUUCUUUGUAAUAUAUUCUACAUUUUCAAAGAUUCCCUUUUUCUCGAUCCCUUUUUCGUUCAUGUUUAAUAACUCAUUUGUCGGGUUCUUCAUACAUUUCCUGGUAUUCAAAUUAUAAGAUUUUUUAGGUUUACUUGUCAUGGCAAAAA